CAGCACCGAGCGGAUCAAUCAAUGGUCGGGAGGAGGCGGCGGCGGCUGCUGCUGCUGUUAAUGAACAAUGUGUGAGAGCUGCGCCGAGCUGCUGGAGGUGUUAAAUGAGAUAUCAGACAUUGAAGGUGGUGAUGCUGUGCAGCUCAGAAAGGAACAUGCCCUCAAGAUAUUUGCUUACAUCAAUUCAUGGACACAAAGACAAUGUUUGUGCUGUUUCAAGGAGUAUAAACAUUUGGAGAUCUUUAACCAAGUAGUUUGUGCGCUGAUUAACUUAGUGAUUGCCCAAGUGCAAGCUCUGAGGGACCAGCUCUGUAAACAUUGCACUAUUCAUAUAGAUCCAACAUGGCCAGAGCAGAGUCACCACGCUGAUGAGCCCCUGAAUGUAGAGAGAGAGUCUCACCCAGAAGAAAAUGGACAAAAACCUCUAGAGAACAAGUUUGAUCCUGCAAGAACUUGUAUCCUGGGCGAGGAGGAGCCCUCCAAGAGCACGGAGCCUUUCAGCCUGUGGAGCACUGAUGAGAAGGAGAAGCUGCUGCUGUGUGUGGCAAAAAUCUUUCAGAUUCAGUUUCCUCUGUACACAGCUUAUAAGCAUAAUACUCACCCCACAAUAGAGGACAUUUCUGCUCAAGAAAGCAAUAUAUUAGGGGCGUUCUGUGAUAUGAAUGAUGUGGAGGUGCCCCUGCACUUGCUGCGUUACGUGUGUCUGUUCUGUGGCAAGAAUGGCCUUUCCCUGAUGAAGGAUUGCUUUGAGUACGGCACCCCCGAGACGCUGCCCUUCCUCAUCGCCCAUGCGUUCAUCACCGUGGUGUCCAACAUCAGAAUAUGGCUACACAUCCCUGCUGUCAUGCAGCACAUUAUACCCUUUAGGACUUAUGUUAUCAGGUAUUUGUGUAAACUGUCAGACCAGGAGCUGCGGCAGAGCGCGGCCAGGAACAUGGCAGAUUUAAUGUGGAGCACAGUCAAGGAGCCCUUGGACACAGCCUUGUGCUUUGAUAAAGAAAGUCUUGAUCUUGCUUUCAAAUACUUCAUGUCACCAACUCUGACCAUGAGAUUGGCUGGCCUCAGCCAAAUAACAAAUCAACUUCAUACCUUCAAUGAUGUGUGUAAUAAUGAGUCAUUAGUUUCAGACACAGAAACGUCAAUUGCAAAAGAACUUGCAGACUGGCUUAUCAGCAACAAUGUAGUUGAGCACAUUUUUGGACCAAAUUUACAUAUUGAGAUCAUCAAACAGUGCCAAGUGAUUCUGAAUUUUCUUGCAGCUGAAGGGAGACUUAGUACUCAACAUAUAGACUGUAUUUGGGCUGCUGCACAGCUGAAGCACUGCAGUCGGUACAUUCACGACUUGUUUCCUUCUUUGAUCAAAAACUUGGACCCUGUUCCACUUAGACACCUCCUGAACCUUGUCUCAACUCUUCACCCCAGUGCUCACACUGAACAGACCUUGUAUUUGGCAUCCAUGCUGAUCAAAGCCCUGUGGAAUAAUGCCCUGGCAGCUAAGGCCCAGCUGUCAAAACAAAGCUCCUUUGCAUCUUUACUGAGUACCAACCUGCCCAUGGGAAACAAAAAAGAAGAAGAGGAGCUCAGAAGAGCAGCCCCUUCCCCUUGGUCACCAGCAGCAAGCCCUCAAAGUAGUGACAACAGUGACACCCAUCAGAGUGGAGGCAGUGACAUUGAAAUGGAGGAACAGCUGAUCAACAGAACAAAACACGUCCAGCAGCGACUUUCGGACACAGAGGAAUCCAUGCAAGGAAGCUCCGACGAGACAGCCAACAGCGGCGAGGAUGGCAGCAGCGGGCCUGGGAGCAGCAGCGGCCACAGCGAUGGAUCCAGCAACGAGGCCAACUCCAGCCACGCCAGCCAGUCCGCCGGCAGCCCCGGCAGCGAGGCGCAGUCGGAGGACAUCGCCGACAUCGAGGCGCUCAAAGAGGAGGAGGACGAAGAGGAAGAAGACAGGAGUCACAACCCCCAGAAAAGCAGCAGGAGCGCAGAUCUCCGAGGCAGAAAACUGGAAUCCCAGGCGGGCAUUUGCCUGGCAGACGCCCAGGGCGCUGCAGAGAGGAGCGGCACCAGUAACGGGCAGGGCAAGGAGCACGUGUUCAGCGCCGAUGCCGUGGCGCCCGUGGACAACCGCAUCCGCAUGCUGGACGCCUGCCCCCACGGCGAGGACGCUGAGCACGACAUGGCGGGGGACAUGAGCGCUGCUCACAUCUCACAGGGCUCUCAGGACUCCUGUAUCACUCACACAGGGGACUUCCUUGGGGAAACCAUUGGGAAUGAGCUGUUUAACUGUCGGCAGUUCAUUGGGCCCCAGCACCACCACCACCAUCACCACCACCACCACCACCACGAUGGGCAUAUGGUUGAUGAUAUGCUUAGUGCAGAUGAUGUCAGCUGCAGUAGUUCUCAAGUCAGUGCAAAAUCAGAGAAAAAUAUGGCAGAUUUUGAUGGGGAGGAGUCUGGCUGUGAAGAAGAGCUUGUACAGAUUAAUUCCCAUGCUGAGCUAACAUCUCAUCUUCAGCAGCACCUCCCAAACCUGGCCUCUAUCUAUCAUGAACAUCUGAGUCAAGGCCCAGCAGUUCACAAACAUCAGUACAACAGCAAUGCAGUGACAGACAUUAAUUUGGAUAAUGUUUGUAAGAAGGGAAAUACCUUGCUCUGGGAUCUGGUCCAGGAUGAAGAUGCAAUUCAUCUCUCUGAAGGGUUAAUAAAUGAGGCAGAGAAGCUGCUCUGUUCUUUAGUGUGCUGGUUCACUGACAGACAGAUUCGAAUGAGAUUUAUUGAAGGCUGCUUAGAAAAUUUAGCAAACAACAGAUCUGUAGUGGUUUCACUUCGUCUUCUUCCCAAGCUGUUUGGAACAUUCCAGCAAUUUGGGAGCAGCUAUGAUACCCAUUGGAUCACAAUGUGGGCAGAAAAAGAACUGAACAUGAUGAAACUUUUCUUUGAUAAUUUGGUACACUACAUCCAGGCAGUCAGGGAGGGACGGCACAAACAUGCACUAUACAGCCACAGUGCAGAGGUUCAGGUUCGUCUCCAGUUCCUGACAUGUGUGUUUUCUACUCUGGGAUCCCCAGAUCAUUUCAGGUUGAGUUUAGAACAAGUGGACAUCCUGUGGCACUGCUUAGUAGAAGAUUCUGAAUGUUAUGAUGAUGCACUUCACUGGUUCUUGAAUCAAGUACGGAGCAAGGACCAGCACGCCAUGGGUAUGGAGACUUACAAGCAUCUUUUUUUGGAAAAGAUGCCCCAGCUGAAACCUGAAACCAUCAGCAUGACUGGCCUGAACCUCUUCCAGCAUCUGUGUAACUUGGCUCGGCUGGCCACGAGUGCCUACGAUGGGGGCUCCAACUCCGAGCUGUGUGGCAUGGACCAGUUCUGGGGCAUUGCUCUAAGGGCCCAGUCUGGAGAUGUCAGUCGAGCAGCCAUCCAGUACAUCAACUCCUACUACAUCAACGGUAAAACUGGUCUGGAAAAAGAGCAGGAAUUUAUUAGCAAGUGUAUGGAGAGUCUGAUGAUAGCUUCGAGUAACCUGGAGCAAGACUCUCAUUCAAGUCUGACCAUUAUUGAAAGAGGGCUCUUAAUGCUGAAAACACACCUGGAGGCUUUUAGGAGAAGGUUUGCAUAUCACCUGAGGCAGUGGCAGAUUGAAGGCACUGGCAUCAGCAGUCACUUGAAAGCCCUGAGUGACAAACAGUCUCUACCUCUAAGGAUUGUCUGUCAGCCAGCUGGCCUUCCUGACAAGAUGACCAUAGAAAUGUACCCUAGUGAUCAGGUGGCUGAUCUGCGAGCAGAAGUCACCCACUGGUAUGAAAAUCUGCAGAAGGAGCAGAUCAACCAGCAAGCACAGCUGCAGGAGUUUGGCCAAAGCAGUCGCAAAGGGGAUUUCCCUGGUGGCCUCAUGGGACCUGUGAGAAUGAUUUCAUCCGGGCACGAGCUGACAACUGACUAUGAUGAGAAAACUCUGCACGAGCUGGGCUUCAAGGACAUGCAGAUGGUGUUUGUGUCCCUCGGUGCCCCCAGGAGGGAGCGCAAGGGUGAAGGUGUCCAGCUGCCAGCCUCCUGCCUGCCUCCUCCUCAGAAGGACAACAUUCCAAUGCUCUUACUGCUGCAAGAACCUCACCUCACCACCCUCUUUGAUUUGUUAGAGAUGCUGGCCUCUUUUAAGCCUCCUUCUGGAGAAGUGGCUAUGGAAGACAGUGAGAGUGCAAGGUGUGAAGAGCUCCAUCUCCAUGCAGAGAACUUAUCCAGACGUGUCUGGGAACUGUUAAUGCUCCUACCAACGUGCCCUAAUAUGCUGCAGGCAUUCCAGAAUAUUUCUGAUGAGCAGGGUAAUGAUGGCUUUAGCUGGAAGGACCUCCUGCGAAUAAAAAGUGCCCAUAAACUUUUGUAUGCCCUGGAGAUCAUUGAAGCUCUGGGGAAGCCCAACAGGAGGAUAAGACGGGAAUCUACGGGAAGUUACAGUGAUCUUUACCCAGACUCAGAUGAUUCAAGUGAAGAUCAAAUAGAAAACAGUAAAAACACGUGGAGCUGCAAGUUUGUUGCUGCUGGAGGGCUCCAACAGUUACUGGAAAUUUUCAAUUCUGGAAUCCUAGAGCCUAAGGAGCAGGAAUCAUGGACUGUGUGGCAGCUGGACUGUCUUGCUUGCUUGCUGAAGCUGAUCUGCCAGUUUGCAGUGGACCCCUCAGAUCUGGAUCUGGCUUACCAUGAUGUCUUUGCCUGGUCUGGGGUGGCAGAGAGCCACAGGAAAAGGACGUGGCCGGGCAAGUCCAGGAAAACCACGAGUGACCACGUCAAGGGCCUUCAUAUCCCCAGGCUGACAGAGGUGUUUCUUGUACUUGUCCAGGGAACCAGUUUGAUUCAGCGACUUAUGUCAGUUGCUUAUACAUAUGACAACUUGGCACCUAGGGUGUUGAAGGCUCAGUCUGAUCACAGGUCAAGGCAUGAAGUCACUCACUAUUCCAUGUGGCUCUUGGUGAGCUGGGCUCACUGCUGCUCCUUGGUGAAAUCCAGCCUGGCUGACAGUGACCAUUUGCAAGACUGGCUCAAGAAACUCACCCUGCUUAUUCCAGAGACUGCAGUUCGCCACGAGUCCUGCAAUGGUUUGUACAAAUUGUCUCUCUCUGGCCUGGAUGGGGGAGACUCCAUCAACCGCUCCUUUCUGCUGCUGGCUGCAUCAACCUUGCUAAAAUUUCUCCCUGAUGCUCAAGCUCUGAAACCAAUUAGGAUAGAGGAUUAUGAAGAGGAAGCUGUGCUGAGACCUGGUUGUAAGGAGUAUUUUUGGCUGCUGUGCAAACUGAUUGAUAACAUUCAUGUCAAAGAUGCAAGUCAGACAACCCUGCUUGAUUUGGAUGCUCUGGCCAGACACCUUGCUGACUGCAUUAGGAGCAGGGAGAUCCUGGACCACCAGGAUGGGAACAUCGAGGAUGAUGGGCUCACAGGGCUGCUGCGCCUCGCCACCAGCGUCAUCAAGCACAAACCACCUUUCAAAUUCUCCCGCGAGGGCCAGGAGUUUCUGAGGGACAUCUUCAACCUCCUGUUCUUGCUGCCCAGUCUGAAGGACAGACAGCAGCCCAAGUGCAAGUCCCACUCCUCCAGGGCUGCUGCCUAUGACUUGCUGGUGGAAAUGGUGAAAGGCUCAGUGGAAAACUACAGGCUGCUCCACAACUGGGUCAUGGCACAGCACAUGCAGUCCUCCCAUGCCCCUUACAAGUGGGAUUACUGGCCCCACGAUGACGUGCGUGCCGAGUGCAGGUUUGUGGGCUUAACCAACCUUGGAGCCACGUGUUACUUGGCCUCCACUAUCCAGCAGCUCUACAUGAUCCCAGAGGCCAGGCAAGCAAUCUUCACUGCAAAGUAUUCAGAAGAUAUGAAACACAAGACCACUCUGCUGGAACUCCAGAAGAUGUUUACAUACCUAAUGGAAAGUGAAUGUAAGGCCUACAACCCAAGGCCUUUCUGUAAAACCUACACCAUGGAUAAGCAGCCCUUGAACACUGGAGAGCAGAAGGACAUGACUGAGUUCUUCACUGACCUAAUAACAAAAAUAGAGGAAAUGUCUCCAGAACUGAAAAACACAGUGAAAAGUUUGUUUGGAGGUGUUAUCACAAACAAUGUCGUUUCUUUGGACUGUGAGCAUGUGAGUCAGACAGCUGAGGAGUUCUACACAGUGAGGUGCCAGGUGGCAGACAUGAAGAAUAUUUAUGAAUCUCUUGAUGAAGUAACUAUUAAGGACACCUUGGAAGGUGACAACAUGUACACGUGUUCUCACUGUGGGAAGAAAGUGCGGGCUGAGAAAAGGGCAUGUUUUAAGAAACUACCUCGUAUCUUGAGCUUCAACACCAUGAGAUACACGUUUAAUAUGGUGACCAUGAUGAAGGAGAAAGUCAACACCCACUUUUCAUUCCCUUUACGUUUGGAUAUGACACCCUACACUGAGGAUUUCCUCAUGGGAAAGAACGACAGGAAAGAAGGUUUUAAGGAAGAUGGUGGAUAUCUGAAGGAAACUGAGAGUUAUGAGUAUGACCUGAUUGGUGUGACAGUUCACACGGGAACAGCAGAUGGGGGCCAUUACUACAGUUUUAUCAGGGACAUUGUCAAUCCUCAUGCUUACAAAAACAACAAGUGGUACCUUUUCAAUGACGCUGAAGUUAAACCCUUCGACUCUGCCCAGCUUGCUUCUGAAUGCUUUGGUGGAGAAAUGACUACAAAAACUUAUGAUUCUGUUACUGAUAAGUUUAUGGACUUCUCCUUUGAAAAGACACACAGUGCUUACAUGCUGUUUUAUAAACGGAUGGAGCCAGAGGAGGAAAAUGGCAAAGACUACAAAUUUGAUGUUUCAUCAGAAUUGCUGGAGUGGAUAUGGCAUGAUAAUAUGCAGUUCCUUCAAGACAAGAACAUUUUUGAACAUACAUAUUUUGGGUUUAUGUGGCAGUUGUGUAGUAGCAUCCCAAGUACACUACCAGAUCCAAAAGCGGUUUCUCUGAUGACAGCAAAGUUAAGCACUUCCUUUGUACUAGAGACAUUUAUUCAUUCAAAGGAAAAGCCUACAAUGCUUCAGUGGAUUGAACUGUUAACAAAACAGUUUAAUAACAGUCAGGCAGCUUGUGAAUGGUUUUUGGAUCGUAUGGCUGAUGAUGAUUGGUGGCCAAUGCAGAUUCUAAUAAAGUGUCCCAAUCAGAUUGUGAGGCAGAUGUUCCAGCGCUUGUGUAUCCACGUGAUCCAGAGGCUGAGGCCAGUGCAUGCUCACCUGUAUCUGCAGCCAGGAAUGGAGGACUGCUCUGAUGACAUGGACGGGCCCGUGGAGGACAUCGGCAGCCGCUCGUGCGUGACGCGCUUCGUGAAGACGCUGCUGUCCAUCAUGGAGCACGGCGUCAAGCCCCACAGCAAGCACCUCACCGAGUACUUCGCCUUCCUCUACGAGUUUGCCAAAAUGGGAGAGGAGGAGAGCCAGUUCUUGCUCUCCCUGCAAGCCAUAUCCACAAUGGUCCACUUCUACAUGGGAACCAAAGGGCCUGAGAAUCCCCAGGUGGAAGUGCUUUCUGAGGAAGAAGGGGAGGAAGAGGAGGAAGAGGAAGAUAUCCUUUCUUUAGCAGAAGAGAAAUACAGGCCUGCUGCUCUUGAAAAGAUGAUUGCCCUGAUUGCUCUUCUGGUGGAACAGUCUCGCUCAGAAAGGCAUUUGACCUUGUCACAGAACGACAUGACAGCACUGACAGGAGGAAAGGGUUUCCCUUUUUUAUUCCAACAUAUCCGUGAUGGGAUCAACAUCAGGCAAACCUGCAACCUCAUUUUCAGUCUGUGCCGCUACAACAAUCGCCUGGCAGAGCACAUUGUGUCCAUGCUGUUCACAUCUAUAGCAAAGCUGACUCCUGAGGCAGCCAAUCCUUUUUUCAAAUUGCUCACCAUGCUCAUGGAAUUUGCUGGUGGACCUCCAGGAAUGCCACCCUUUGCUUCUUACAUUCUGCAGAGGAUAUGGGAGGUGAUUGAGUACAACCCCUCGCAGUGCCUGGACUGGCUGGCUGUGCAAACCCCUCGCAACAAGCUGGCUCACAGCUGGGUCCUGCAGAACAUGGAGAACUGGGUCGAGCGUUUCCUCCUGGCACACAACUACCCUCGAGUGAGAACUUCUGCAGCCUAUCUCUUGGUGUCGCUUAUUCCGAGCAAUUCCUUCCGUCAGAUGUUCCGCUCGACGCGCUCCUUGCACAUCCCCACGCGGGACCUGCCCCUCAGCCCCGACACCACUGUAGUCCUGCACCAGGUCUACAACGUGCUCCUGGGCCUGCUCUCACGGGCCAAGCUCUACGUGGACGCCGCCGUGCACGGCACCACCAAGCUGGUGCCCUACUUCAGUUUCAUGACCUACUGCUUGAUCUCCAAAACCGAGAAGCUCAUGUUCUCCACGUACUUCAUGGACUUGUGGAACCUCUUCCAGCCCAAGCUCUCGGAGCCCGCCAUCGCCACCAACCACAACAAGCAGGCCCUGCUGUCCUUCUGGUACAACGUGUGCGUGGACUGUCCCGAGAACGUGCGCCUGAUCGUGCAGAACCCCGUGGUGACCAAGAACAUCGCCUUCAACUACAUCCUGGCCGACCACGACGACCAGGACGUGGUGCUCUUCAACCGCGGCAUGCUGCCCGCCUACUACGGCAUCCUGCGCCUCUGCUGCGAGCAGUCGCCCGCCUUCACCCGCCAGCUGGCCUCCCACCAGAACAUCCAGUGGGCCUUCAAGAACCUCACCCCGCACGCCAGCCAGUACCCAGGGGCAGUAGAAGAGCUGUUUAACCUCAUGCAGCUGUUUGUAGCUCAGAGGCCAGACAUGAGAGAGGAGGAGAUCGAGGACAUAAAGCAAUUUAAGAAAACCACCAUCAGCUGUUACCUGCGCUGCUUGGACGGACGCUCUUGUUGGACAACUCUCAUAAGUGCCUUCAGAAUAUUAUUAGAAUCUGAUGAAGACAGACUUCUCGUUGUGUUCAAUAGAGGAUUGAUUCUGAUGACUGAGUCCUUUAACACAUUGCACAUGAUGUACCAUGAGGCCACAGCUUGCCACGUGACUGGAGACCUGGUGGAGCUUCUGUCCAUUUUCCUCUCGGUUCUGAAAUCCACACGGCCCUAUCUGCAGAGAAAAGAUGUGAAGCAAGCUCUCAUUCAGUGGCAGGAGAGGAUUGAAUUUGCCCAUAAGCUCCUGACUCUGCUCAAUUCCUACAGUCCUCCUGAGCUGAGAAAUGCCUGCAUUGAUGUCCUCAAGGAGCUUGUACUUUUAAGUCCUCAUGAUUUCCUACAUACUCUGGUUCCAUUUCUACAGCACAAUCAUUGUACAUACCACCACAGUAAUAUCCCAAUGUCUCUUGGACCUUAUUUUCCAUGUCGUGAAAAUUUGAAAUUAAUAGGGGGGAAAAGCAAUAUUCGUCCUCCACGGCCCGAGCUCAACAUGUGCCUCUUGCCCACCAUGGUGGAAGCCAGCAAGGGCAAGGACGAUGUUUACGACCGGAUGCUGCUGGACUAUUUCUUCUCCUACCACCAGUUCAUCCACCUCCUGUGUCGGGUUGCAAUCAACUGUGAAAAGUUUACUGAAACUUUAGUGAAAAUGAGUGUCCUGGUUGCUUAUGAAGGUUUGCCCCUUCACCUUGCACUCUUCCCCAAACUCUGGACUGAGCUGUGCCAGACUCAGUCUGCAAUGUCCAAGAACUGCGUGAAGCUCCUCUGUGAAGAUCCAGUUUUUGCAGAAUAUAUCAAAUGCAUUCUGAUGGAUGAAAGGACCUUUCUUAACAACAACAUUGUCUACACCUUCCUGACACAUUUUCUCCUCAAGGUGCAAGGGCAGGUAUUUUCUGAAGCAAACUGUGCCAACUUAAUCAACACUUUAAUUACAAACCUAAUAAAUCAGUAUCAAAGCCUAGAAUCUGACUUCAGCAACCAGAGAGUUGAAAUUUCCAAAGCAAGUUCUACAUUAAACGGGGACCUCCGAGCACUUGCCUUGCUGCUUUCGGUGCACACUCCCAAACAGCUCAACUCGGCCCUGAUCCCAACUUUACAAGAGCUCUUAAACAAAUGUAGAGCUUGUCAGCAACAGAGGAACUCAUUACAAGAGCAAGAAGCCAAAGAAAGAAAAACUAAAGAUGACGAGGGAGCCACGCCGGUGAAGCGGCGGCGGGUGAGCAGCGACGAGGAGCACACCGGGGACACCGGCGACGCCAAGGGCGAGCCCCGCGAGGCGCUGACCCCCAGCAGCGCCUCGGACAACGAGACCCGGGACUCGUCCAUCAUUGACCCCGGCACGGAGCAGGAGCCGCCGUCCCCCGGGAGCGCCUCGGGCCGGGAGUUCAGGAUGGAGGCGCCGUUCCCCGAGGAGGCCGCGCAGCACGAGGAGCAGCCCGGCCCCGGGCCGGGGAAAUUCGAGGAGUGCAGAGAGCUCAAAGAGCUGCAGGCGGCCAAGGAGGCCGCGGGGGCCGAGGAGGACCCGGAGUUCCCCUCCACGUCCAUCUCGGCGGUUUUAUCCGACCUGGCGGACUUGCGGAGCUGCGAUGGCCAAGCCUUACCGCCCCAGGACCCCGACAGUAAUUUAUCAAUCAGUUGUGGCCAUUCCAGAGGACUUUUUAGUCACAUGCAGCAGCAUGACAUUUUAGACAUCCUGUGCAGGACCAUUGAGUCUACGAUUCACGUGGUCACACGGAUAUCCGGGAAAGGAAACCAAGCUGCUUCUUGACAUUAGAUGGAGCAUGUCUGCUUUUAAGUCUUCUUUUUAUUUUUUUUUUUUUUAAAUCCUUCUCCCCCUCCAAAAAAUGCUGUUUGUAUAAGUUUUGCUUAUUUCUGUUUUGUGCUUCAGUUUGUCCAGUGCUCUCUGCUUGAAUGGCAAGAUAGAUUUAUAUGCUUAAUUCUUGGUCAGGCAGAACUCGAGAUUAUUUUUUUUAAAUUUUAUUUUAUUUUGCAUCUACCGUACACUUUCUUAAAGGGCAAUCAGAUAAUGGCUAUGUUUUAUGUAAUUAAGAGUUCACUGUAGUGGCUUUCAUUUAAUAUGGCUGUCUGGGAGACAGGGCCUCCUGGCCCUGUAUGAUGUAAUUUAAACUUAUGGCAUUUUUACUGUGUAUAAUAUGGUGUCCUCUGUGCCAGUUUUGUACCUUAUAAUCGAGGCAGAUUGCCUCAGAUCGCUGUGGUUCUUAUUAUCAAAAUUAAGUUUACUUGUAUACUAAACAACCACAAGAAAUUUGAUUCUGUAAAGAAUCCUCUUUAGCUGUGGCCUGGCAGUAUAUAUAUGGUGCUUUAUUUAACAGAAUACCUGUGGAGGAAAUAAAGCACACUUGAUGUAAAAUUAAUUGUUUUAUUUUUAUUGACAUGAUCAAUUGCUAUUCUGUGCACUUCAUUAAACUGAUUGUGAUGACUUUUCA